AUGGUUACACAAUUAAAGGCGUUGAGAGUUGAUGUAAUUUUUGACCAAUACUUUACACCCUCAAUCAAAGAUUAUGAGCAUUCUCCACGGUCUGAAUCAGCACAAUUAGACUACAUUAUAACUUCACCUGACCAAAAAGUACCAAGUAUUAAUGAAGAAUUGUCAUGCCCGGAACAUGAGGAAGCUGAUACCAAAAUUAUAUUUCAUAUCUGUAAUUACAACUUUGAAGCAAAUAUAGUAAUUCGAACUGUUGACACUGAUAUUGCCGCUAUAAUGCUUGCUCAUUUACAUCGCUUGAAAAAUGAUUCGACCAUUUGGAUGCUGACGGGUACUGGAAACAAUGUGAGGUACGUGAAUCUAACAAAGAUACACGCCCAGUUAGGAGAAUCCAUUUGCCGAAGCUUGCCUGGUUUCCACGCAAUAACAGGGUGCGAUUACAAUCCGGCAUUAUUUAGAAAGGGAAAACUAAGACCUUACAAACUAUUAAAAAAAAACGAUGAAUUCCAAAAAGCUUUUAUAAAGUUCGGCGAAAAUAAGUUAAUAGAGGACAGCAGUGAACAGAAGAACAUUUUCAAUAGUAUUCAGAAAUAUAUAUGCAGUGUAUAUAAUGUUCGGAAUGCAAUUGAUGUCAAUUCUGCUCGAGUUCAGAUGUUUAUAGACUCAUACAAAGUUUCCGACAUUAAUGAGGCUUUCAAUCGAAAAAAAUUGAGAAACUUUGAUGCUAGCAGUUUACCACCUUGUGAAAAUGAGCUACUACAGCAUUUUUUACGAGCUAAUUAUAUUUGUACGAUUUGGAACAAUGCUCACUUAAGAAAACCUACUUCACAUAAACCUGAAAAUAAUGGCUGGGUACUGGAAAAUGAUCAAUACCAUUUUAAAUGGUUUGAAGGAGAUCAGCUACCUACUUAUGUCAGUGAUUCUCUACAAACUUUGUCAGAAGCUGAUGAAGACGAUGACAUUCAUGAGGACAAAUCCGCAGAAUGGAGUAGCGAUGAUGAAGAUAAUCGAGAUACCGACGAGGACGAUGAAGUUGAUUAA